AUGUCAUCUGUUGGUGAGAUUAUUGAAAAAUAUUUAAGCAUCAAACAACAGUUGAAAGUAAUUGAUGAAUCUUUGAAGAAUGGCCAAUUGGAGGUUGUAUUAGAGAUACUGACGGUUAGUGAUAUUGAUAUUUCCAAUCAGGGCAGUUUAGUGGGGAAGUUAUUUGGGAUUGUUGAAAAAUCUAUUCGUGAAAAAUUGUUAGAUGUUGAAAUCGAUGAUUUCAAUGUUAACGAACAUACUUCUGUGGUCGACGAACAAGAGAUACGUAUAUUGGCUCAAUUGAUUGCAAAGUUGGAUCCAUUAUGGAAGUUAUUCGAGAAAUUUAGCUCUGAUAUAAUAUCCAACUACAUUAUUGAAAACUCAAAGAAACUAUUCGAUCAUGAAUACUAUUCUAAACAAGUUGUCACUGGUUUAAUUACCGAUAGAGAACACGAUAACGGUUUGAAUUGUCCAAGUAUUGUAUUAUUAUUGAAGUUGAUUGAAAUUGUAUACGUUUUUCGUGAAGAAGAGGAAGGGACUUUCAAAUCACAACAUCUAAAUCCUCUUCUAAUUGCAUUAUUAAAUAGCAACAUCGAAAUUGUAUCUAUCAACGCUUCCAAACUAAUGAGAUGGGCUACCGAAUCAAUUGCCAUUUCGUGCAACAAUGAACCUGCAUUUGAUUCUUUCACUUGGAAUACAGUAAGAUUAUUGUUUAAUGACAGAACCAAUCAUGAUUGGAAAGAACGUAACGGUUUAACUUUUUCACUAAGAUAUUUGUCAAAUAAUAAGAUACAGCAAUCUACCAGUUUUAUCUCUUAUAUCAAGACUGACUUAUAUUGGAGAAAUCUACAAAAUGCAUUGAACAGUGAUAUCCAUGAAUACAGGAAAUUGGGUUUAUCUGUUUUGAAAUUAUCAAUUCAAUUGCUAAAUAAGGGUUUUGAAGAAUUUAGUGUUACUUCAUUUACUUGGAUUCCAAAAGAAUCUAAUAAAAUCAUAUCGAUGUGGCAGAAAUUUACUACACUAUAUGAAAUCAUCGCAUUAGACACUGCAUUAAACCAAUUCGAAGCUGCCAGCUCCGAUGUACUAGAAAUUUUUGAAGAUAUCAUUAUUUAUCCUGGCUGGUCAAUGAUUUUAAUCUCUACUGGGUUGAAGGCUACAAUGGAAAGUGUUCGUAAAUAUACAAUGUCUUUAGUAUUCAAAAUUCAGAACAAAUUAGUUUUUUCUUCUAAUAUCGAGAUUUUAAAAGAAACAAUUUUGCCUUCAAUUAUGCAAGCCCACUAUUAUAAUACUGAAGGCGAAUCUUGUGAACAUGGUGAUAAAGUUGUCAAUUUUAUCAAUGGAUUAGUAACAGAUAAUAAUGAUAAUAGAUCCACAAUUAUCGACACAUUAUUAGAUAUUCUUAUCGAACAAAGAACAUCCUUCGAUGCAUCAAGGAUAUAUGUUUCAUACGGUAUUUUGACAGCUUUAAAGGGAAAAUUAUCCAGAAUUUUGAAUUCAUCUGAUUUGAGUAAAAUCAGAAAGUUAUUUGAAUUUGAAAGUGAAGAAGAAAUAGCUGAAAUUACCAUUCAAACCAUUUUCUUGAAAUUUCUACUUCAUACAAAUAAUGAGAUUAGCAUUAUUGAUUGGAUAAGCACCAUCGUUGCCAAUGUCAAUUGUAACAAUGGUUCAUAUUACUAUAUUUCCAUUUUAUUAGAAGAUUUUAAAGAUUAUGCUAUAACUUAUUUCGAACAAGCUACAGCAGCUGAUCAAUUAUUUCCUCUAAUAAAUGAGAACCCGGUAUUUGACCUAUUUGCAAAUAUUUUAUUCAAUAUUCCAGUUCCUGCUAAGAUGGACUUUAUAACUGAAUUGUCAAAAGCUGGUGAGGCUUCAGAUUACUUCAAUGAAUAUGCUAGUGAUAUUUUAUUAAGAUUAGCAACAAAUAAGGCAACUGAAAAGGAAUAUGAGAAUUCUUAUUUACUUUGUCAAUACAAGGGUUUCAAUAGCAGUAUCUGGAACAUCUUGGAUUUAAGUUCACUUUAUGAUGAAAUUAAAGAGCAAUUUACAGUAGAAAAAUUCAAAUUCUUUGUUACAGCAUAUGGCCAACUGGUUCAAAAUUCUAUCGAAACCACUUCUUGUCCAUCCUCAGAAGUUUUUGAAUUAUAUAACACAAUCAAAGAACAUUUGAAUCUGUAUGGCCAAGAUCAAUUCAAGUUGAAGGAUGAAACUUACAGUUUCUACUUUUCCUGGUUGUUACAUUAUUUCAAAACUUAUGCGUUAUCAUUCGAAGAGAAUAACAAUGAACUAAAGUUAUUAGUAACAGUUAUGGCAAAUAAUUUUAAUGUUGAUAAUGGAAACUAUAUGGCUAACUUGAAAAUUGUUGAAGUAUCGAAAUACCUUUUGGAAAAUUAUGCUUAUGUUCAAGAUGGAAAAUUGGUAGAUAACGGUGCUUUUUUGAUCGAUUUAUUCAGAUUGAAUGAAUCUAUUUGGGAAAAUAUUGUUAGCGAAAGAUUAGUUUUGAAACAGAGAGAACUUCAUUUACUAUUAAUCGAAACGCUAUACCAUCCAAUAAUGUUACUGAACGCCUCUAUUGUUGACAAAGAAAUGCAAACAUCGAUCGAAUCAAUUGGUCUUGAGAUUGUUAAACAAGGUUAUUCAAGGAGAGGGUUUUUACCUCUUAUUACUUUUAACAUAUCACAAUUCCUAUUAAAAUACAAUAAAAUGUUAACAGGUCUAAAUAGUAGCUUCUGGUGGUUAACUAAACCCAUGCUGUCAUCAUUCACCCAACAACAGAUGAACUUCAAUGUCUUCAAAUUGAAAACGACAAUCGCAAAGUUGUAUGAUGAGCAUCUAGCUGGUUAUCAAUCUAAGGGGAAAAAUCUUUACGACCAAGUUUAUGGUAAGCCAGAACUUUCAGCAAGAGUAUACCUAGUGGAUGGUUUUCUAUCAAUGCCACCUUCCAUUAAAGAGGAGUUUAUCGAGAAAGUUGCUACUGAAACUAACUUAUUGGUGCCAAUAAAGAGAACUGAUGGUUCAGAGGCGCUAGAACGUCUAUUUCAAUGGGAAUUAAUGGUGGCUUGCAUGUCUUCAAUUUCAAAAGAAAAAUUAAUUUCAUUAUCUAACACGUUUGUUCUAGAUAGCAUUGUCGAUGAAAGUUCACCACUGGUUAGAAUUUACAAAGAAUGGUUUAUAGCGUAUGAACUAGUUACCAAUUAUAGCAACACCUCCUCCUCCACUACGGAAGACUAUUUAUUUGAUCAUAUGAUCAAUCAUAGCAAGCCAAUUUUGGUUGUUAGUGUUGAAAGAAUCAUCUAUAUUACAUUAAAGGCAUUAUUGGAUCAAAAUGAAUCCAAAUUUGAUAGACUUCUAAACAGAUUCAUUAGUACUUUGUUGCCGAAUGCUUCUUCUAACAAGCCACUUGUAAGACAUUUCUCAAAUUCACUGAUGUUAUCCUUCUGGCCUGCUUUUGAAUCACUAAUUAGUGAUGUAACACUACGUGCAGUAUUAGAAGGUCUUUACAAAAACUCCAAGAGAACGGAACUAACCGGUCAGUAUAGGAGUGGUGAUGCAAAUGUAUGGGAAUUAAAGAAAGAUUUGACCUUAACAAAUGUUUUUGGUGUUCUUUUAAGAAAGAUUACAGACCAUGAGCCACCAUAUAUUCCUGAAGAAUUAUUCAGCAAAUAUUUAAAUAAUAAGACUGCGAUUUCCAUUGGUAAAGAUGAGAAGUGUAAAUGGUUAAAGAAAAGGGAAAACCUCACUCAAACAAAAACACCUGAAGAAAUUGAAUCCAAAACUACCCAAUUGCAAACUAAGAGUGGUGCUUGGGAAACAGUUUUAGAUAUCGAUUCUGAGAAGUCAGAUAGAAGUGUAACACGUUCUGACUUGAUCGUUGUAUCCUCAUUAGUAGACAAGCCACCAAAUCUAGGUGGUAUUUGUAGACUGUGUGACGUAUUAGGUGUAGGAUUAUUGACUGUGCAAGACAUUAGAGUAAAGAACCAUCCACAAUUUAAGAAUGUUGCCGUCACUGCCGACAGAUGGAUGCCAAUGGAGGAAGUUCCAAUCGAUGGAAUAAUUGAAUUCAUGAGAGCAAAGAAGAAAGAAGGUUACACACUAAUUGGUCUAGAGCAGACAGAUAAAUCUAUCCAAUUGAAUAACAAAUAUACAUUUCCGAAGAAAUCAUUGAUUCUGUUAGGUACAGAAGCCCAUGGUAUUCCAGGUCAUCUGUUAAGCGAACUUGAUUUGUGUCUAGAAAUUGAACAACAUGGUGUGAUCAGAUCCAUGAACAUCCAAACAGCCACUGCUGUCAUCGUAUACUCAUAUACCGUUCAACAUAUGUAA